AUGUUAUCUCAAAAUGUUCCGACAAGUAAGGGCAAUAGAAAUGAGCCGAAGAAACAGAACAGAGAUGUUGAAGAUGGGAAUGACAUUGGGGGGUCUGAUGAUGACGCUAGGGUAAAGAGAAGGAAGAAAGAGAUGGAGAAGAAACAAGAGUUGGAACAAGUUGAAAUGAAGAAGCUUGAGGAUUUGUUGUUCGGGUCUCUCUACUCUCCUGUUACGUUUGGUAAGCAAGAUGGUGGUGAUAAGGGAUUUGAAGAAGAAGCAGAUGGUUCUGCUUUGUUUCGUGUAGACCGUUCUGCUGCAAGGCAGCCUACGGAUUACGAGGUGGAUUACGAGGAUGAUGAUGAACAACAUUCUGAUGAAGAGAAAGAUAAAGCCGAUGGAGUUAGAAAAAAGGGAGAAGCUGCGUGGGAGGAUGAAGAAGAGAAACAACUAAAUAUAAAUAUAUCUACUGUGAACCGUUUGAGGAAGCUACGGAAAAAGGAAAAUGAGGGUUUGAUCUCUGGUUCUGAGUACAUUGCAAGGCUGAGAGCUCAUCAUGCUAAGAUAAACCCGGGGACAGAUUGGGCUCGGCCUAAUGCCCAAUUCACUGAUGGAGAGUCUUCAGAUGAUGAUGAUACACAGGAUGGAGGAGUUGAUGAUAUCCUCCGAACAAAUGAAGAUCUUGUGGUGAAGUCUGGUGGUGCCAAGCUGUGUUCUGGUCUUCUUGAGUUCUCUAAACUUGUUGAUGCCAAUGCAGCGGAUCCUUCAAGUGGCCCAAUAAACUCUGUCCACUUCCAUCAAAAUGCUCAGCUGCUUCUCACUGCUGGAUUGGAUCGACGGUUGAGGUUUUUUCAGAUUGAUGGUAAGAGAAACACUAAGAUCCAGAGCAUUUUUCUCGAGGAUUGUCCCAUUCGUAAAGCUGCUUUCUUGCCCAAUGGCUCUCAGGUCAUUGUCUCUGGGAGAAGAAAGUUCUUUUACAGCUUUGAUCUGGAGAAAGCAAAGUUUGACAAAAUCGGUCCUUUGGUUGGUAGAGAGGAGAAAAGCUUGGAACAAUUCGAGGUGUCACAAGACUCGAACACCAUCGCUUUCGUGGGCAACGAAGGCUACAUCUUACUUGUGUCCACAAAAACAAAAGAGCUGACAGGAACCCUAAAGAUGAAUGGUACAGUCCGGUCCUUAGCAUUCAGUGAUGAUGGGAAGCAGUUGCUGAGCUCAGGAGGCGACGGGCAAGUUUACGUCUGGGAUCUGAGAACAAUGAGAUGCUUAUACAAAGGCGUGGACGAAGGCAGCACGUGUGGCACUUCUCUUUGCAGUUCGCUAAACGGAGCAUUGUUUGCCUCAGGAACAGACCGAGGAAUCGUAAACAUUUACAAGAAAUCUGAGUUUGUGGGAGGCAAAAGAAAGCCGAUAAAGACAGUAGACAAUCUCACUUCCAAGAUAGAUUUCAUGAAGUUCAACCAUGAUGCUCAGAUUCUAGCUAUAGUCUCUACGAUGAAUAAAAACAGCGUAAAGCUAGUUCAUGUCCCGUCUCUAACCGUGUUCUCAAACUGGCCACCGCAAAACACCACGAUGCAUUACCCUCGCUGCUUGGACUUCAGCCCCGGAAGUGGCUUCAUGGCCAUGGGAAACGCUGCAGGAAAAGUUUUGCUGUAUAAACUGCAUCAUUACAAGAAUGCUUGA